AUGGGUAUGCCGCAACCGGCGCAACCCGGUCUAACUACACCCGCAAGCAACGUGAGCAACCUAUUUGAGCAGUUCCAGCGGUACAGACCGCCUAUGUUCGCAGGCACCCACCGCCCCGAGGAAGCGGAGUAUUGGCUCAAUCAGGUCACCAAACUGCUUAGGCCUCUCCAUUGUACCAGGGCAGAGAGCGUUGAGCUCCUUUCCUACCUCUUUGAGAAGGAGGCAGACUUGUGGUGGGAAAGCGUUCUCCGCUCCAUCCCUGAGGGCCACGUAUGGACGUGGGAGGUAUUCGAGGCCCGCUUUAAUGAAAAGUACCUUCCUCAGACGUACCAACAUGAGAGAGAAAAUGAAUUCCUCUGCCUCCAACAAGGGGACAUGACGGUAGCGCAAUACGAAAAUCGAUUCACGGAAUUAUCGUGCUAUGCAUCCGAGAUGAUCGCCAGCGAGGCGAUUAAGAUAAGGCGAUUUUCGGCAGGGCUAAGAAGCGGGAUCCGCUCCAAGAUGUGUUGUGCCAGCAUCCGGACAUAUACCUAG